CUAAAACCCAUAAAUAAAUAUUUCAAAAAAUCCACUAACUUAUCACAAUUACAGAUUUCUUAGAUUUCCGAUAAGACUAUGCUUCUUUCAGGAAAGACCUUCGUAAGCACCAAGCUUUACCACCAUUUCUUCAGAGAAAAAAGCCAAAGAUUCAUUACAACAUUUUCUAAAAAACCACAAUUUUCCGACUCUUCAGACAAUAAAGGAAACCCUAAUUUUGGAUUGAAGAAUUCGAAAAAGCUUUUAGCUCAAUCUGGAAUUGCGAUUCUGGGAUUAGGGUUUGUUGAUGCUGGGUAUAGUGGAGAUUGGUUAAGAAUUGGAGUGAUUUCAAAAGAAACAGAGGAUUUAUUGAAGCUUGCAGCUUUUUUAGUGGUUCCUGUAUGUUUAUUUGUUAUUUUCUUUAUUAAUAGAAAACCUGAAAACUGAAAAUUCAACUUAUGUUCAUCAGAAGUACUCUACUUUGAUUAAUAAACGAUUAUGUAUAUUGAAUGAAGUGACACGUGAUUCUUUGAUUUCAUAACAUAUUACUUUAA